AUGUCACUGCCGAACCAAAUAAACACGAUAGGUUCCCUAGAGAUCGGAUGGGGACUGUCAUCAUUAGUGCUUGGUAUCGUCUGUACUCAGGCUUGGACGUACUAUGCGCGAUAUCCCAAUGAUGGCUGGACGCACAAAAUCCUGGUCGCCAGUUUAGUGACACUGCAGGUACUGCACCAAGCCCUAGUCGGGCAUACUGUCUGGUUCUACUCUGUAGCCAACUUUGGCAAUACCGGGACCUAUCUCAUUCCUCCAGAAUGGUCUUUGAGCGUACAGGUCGUCCUUGGUGCAUUCGUGGGUGCCAUUGUCAAAACUUGCUACGGCAUGCGCGUAUGGAGAUUCAGCCAGGGGAACUAUGUGGUGACUGGACUCAUCAUGGCCAUGACAGCCGCUCAGCUCGCUACGGCUUUUGCCUUCACCAUUCGCAGCUUCGAUGUUCUUCUCAUCAACUCAGAGACAAUCAAGAGCAUAGGGCUGGCCUCCUUGGCUCUUGGCGCAGUAACCGAUAUCUUCACUGCCGCGUCUCUUUCUUACUUCUUGCAUCACAUGAAGACGGGAUACCUGCGAUCGGACACCCUCAUCAGACAGCUCAUCGUACACACAGUCAAUACCGGGCUCCUCACCUCUCUUUUCAGCUUCGCAGUUCUCAUCCUAUACAACAGCUUACCCCGGAACUUCGUCUUCAUGAGCAUCUACUUCGUAUUGGUCAAACUCUACGCAGUUUCUUGUCUAGCAACAUUGAACUCGAGGCGAUUCGUACGAGGACGUGGAACAGACAACGAAGCGCAACACAGAUCUCCUGAACAAGGUUUGGUCCUGCCAAGUCUGUCCAAGAAGCAGAGCAUCAGAGGCGCUCGUGCGCAGCUUGAGGUCGGAGUGCGCCAGGAAGUGUCCAUCGUCAGCGAGCAGAGUGAAGCAAGGACAAUACAUACUGUCUCAUCGCACGGGAAGGUACCUUAUGUACCGUACACUACUGGCUGGUGA